AUGGUCGAUUUAAAAUGGGAGAAGAAGAAGAAGAAAUACAAUCAUCCUUACAAUCCAUAUGAUAUUCAAAUCGAGUUAAUGGACGCGAUCUAUGAUACAAUAGAGAACAAUUAUAAAGUCGGUAUAUUUGAAAGUCCAACAGGUACAGGUAAAUCAUUGUCCAUAAUAUGUUCUUCAAUGACAUGGCUCCGUGAUUACAAGAGAAGUCACUCAUUCAAUGAGGAUGAUGGAGAUACACAUAAACCACAGGAAGAUGAAAACAACGAAGAAGAUGAAGAAUCAGAUGAUGAACCAGAUUGGAUCAAACAGGCAUAUAAGUCAACUAUUUUAUCAAGAUCAAAAAACAGAUUGAAAGAUUAUGAAAUAUAUUUGGAUUCCUUGGAAGAUGAUUAUAAAAACAAUAUACAAGCUGUGAGUUCGUUAAGGGAAAAAGCCAAUAAAAGGAAAAAACCUAAGAUGUCUAAAACAAGUCUUCAAGAUGAAGACUUUUUACCUCCAGAUUAUUAUAGUGAUGCUGAAGGAGAUUCCAAAGUUGACUUAAAUUCCAAAUUGGAAAGAGAGAUAGAUCAGUUGAAAAGCAAAGUAGAUGGAUCUAAAAAGCAUCAAGAAGUUGAAAUGAUAAACGAAUGUCCCAUUAAUAUUUACUACUCAUCAAGAACCCAUUCUCAGUUGAAUCAGUUUUCACAUCAAUUAAGGCUAACAAACUUUGAUUCUUCAUUUGAAGGUAUCAACGAGAGAACCAAGUAUUUGCCACUAGGUUCACGGAAGCAAUUAUGUAUCAAUGAUAAGAUUAGAAACUUAUCAAAGAACGAUGGAGCUAUUAAUGAUGCUUGUAUUGAUUUACAGAAAACUAAAGAAGGGUGUGAGUUUAUGCAUAAAGGUGGAGAGGACCAGUUAACUAAGAGGUUUGCAGAUCUAAAUUUCACCAGAAUCCAUGAUAUUGAAGAAUUAGGGGAUAUUGGUAAUACAUUAAAAGUAUGUCCCUACUACUCAGUGAGGAACGGUCUUGAUGUAAGUGAGAUUAUAUCAUUACCAUAUCAACUGCUCUUUCAAGAUUCUACCAGAACUAUACUCAAUCUAAACAUAAAGGAUUCCAUAAUUAUCAUUGACGAAGCACAUAAUAUCCUCGAUGUGCUAUCUUCUUUAUAUUCUGUAUCAGUUUCGAUCGUUGAACUUGAAAGUGUGAUAAAGUCCUUGAAGUUCUACUUAAAUAAGCUUGUGAAGCGUCUAAACAGUGGGAAUAGAAUCAAUCUAUUAAAGUUGAUAAAACUUUGUCAAUUAAUUAUAAAGUUCAUACAAGAAAAUGAAAAGUCAAAUAAUGUGAAGUUAGGGAAAGAGAUUUUUGUUGAAGAUAUCUUUAAGGAUUCUACAGGGGAUAUGUUAAAUACUCAUAAAAUCGAGAAAUUCUUAUCAAAAUCCAAGAUUGCAUACAAAAUAGAGUCUUAUUUGGAAAAGACAAGUGAUGACUUCACCUCAAGUUCUUCAAAUCCGUUACUAUUUAAAAUUGUUAAGUUUUUGAAAACACUUUCAAAUCCAACAAACGAAGGGAAAUUCUUUUGGGAAAACAAGAAUGGAGUUACCUCAAUAAACUACAUGUUAUUAGAUCCCAGUGGGAUUUUCAAAGAAAUAGUAACCCAAGCAAGAUGUGUAUUAUUGUGUGGGGGAACUAUGGAACCAGUGUCUGACUAUUUAAAUUAUUUAUUUCCAUUCGUACCUAAAAACCGUAUAAAAACAUACAGUUGUGGUCAUAUAGUUCCUAAAGAGAAUUUGAAAGUCUUCACGGUGGGAAAUUUCCAAGGAACUGAUCUUGAAUUCCUGUUUGAGAAACGUGAAAGCUUGAAAAUUAUGGUGAACCUAGGUGAAUUGAUAAUCCGAAUUGCAAAAGAAGUUCCUUUUGGAGUAGUUAUAUUCUUUCCAAGUUACAAGUACUUAAAUCAAGUUGUACAAAUCUGGAAAUCCAAUAACGAUAUUUACAAUCGUAUCAGACAAGUGAAGUCUAUAUUUCAAGAGCCACAAGAGUCUUCAAAAGUAGAAAGUGUACUUUCUGAAUAUGUCAAAGUUAUCAAGGAUGAAAAGAAAGGUGCUACUCUAUUUUCAGUAGUGGGAGGUAAAAUGUCCGAAGGUAUCAAUUUCUCCGAUGACUUGGCAAGAGCUGUUAUCAUGAUCGGAUUGCCAUUUCCCAAUGCGUUUUCGGGUGAAAUAAUUGCAAAGCGGAACUUCAUAGAAACUACCACUUUAAAAAACGGUGGUAGUAAACAAGAUGCAACAAAUAAUUCCCGUAACUUUUAUGAGAACAUAUGUAUGAGGGCUGUCAAUCAAAGUAUUGGUAGAAGUAUCAGACAUAUUGGAGAUUAUUCGACUAUUUAUUUAAUCGAUUCGAGAUAUGGUUCCGAAAGAAUCACAAAUAAGUUAAGUGGUUGGGUAAAGGAAAGAUUGGAUAAUAAGAAUGUGGAAUGCAAGGAAAUGCUAGAUGAAACAAAGGAAUUUUUCACUUCUAAGUUAGUUACCAAAUUGUAA